GAAGUAUUAAAGGUGGACUCACCCACACACAAAUUUACAACUUAGACCUACCGCCUGGGAAACGAGGCUGAUAAAACUAAACGACACUUGCAUACGAUUAUGCCUCUCUCCGUUGUUAGUUGUGAAGAAAUGAAUAUGAUGUGCAGCAGCAGAAUCCACCUCUCUCUAUUUCUAUUCACGACCUCCUUUUUCUCAGUUCACACAACAGAUACUAUCGAUACUUCCCACACAUUAAGCGAUAACCGUGAUGACACUCUCAUCUCAUCCAACGGAGACUUUGCGUUGGGGUUUUUCAGCCAAGGGAGCUCCAAGAAUCGGUACGCCGGCAUAUGGUACAACAACAUUAAAGACAAGACUGUGGUGUGGAUCGCCAACAGAGACCAUCCACUCACGGAUCGAUCAGGUACGCUUAGACUCAUUGAAUCAGGUGGCCGCCUGCUUCUUCUCAACGCUACCAAUGCUACUAUUUGGUCUGCUAAUGUAUCAAGCAGCAGCUUGCACACUCCUCUCGCACGUUUACUCGACACCGGAAACCUCAUUGUCACAGAUGCUAACGAUGACAAGAAUUUCAUAAGGCAGAGCUUCGACUACCCAACCGACACUCUAUUGGCAGGGAUGAAGCUUGGUAAGAACUUGGUGACUGGCCGUGAAGUCUACAUCUCGUCGGCAAAGAGCAACGAUGAUCUGGCAACAGGAGGUUUCACGUAUCGCUGUGACCCUACUGGUUAUCCACAGAUGGUGAUCAAAGAAGGCGCCUCCAUCCGGUAUAAAUCAGGGCCGUGGAAUGGUUUCUGGUUCAGCGGCAGUAAGGUGUUGUCGAAAAGCUCCAUUUUCUCGUUUGGAUUGGUGAUGAACAGGAAUGAGGUGUACUAUUACUACCGCCUCCUCAACGAUUCCGUGUAUACGAGGUUGACGCUCAACGGAAGUGGUUUUGUACAAAGAUGGGUGUGGUUUAAUCAAACCCAGAACUGGAUGCUUUAUCUUUCUUUUCCACUACGUAACUGUGAUACGUAUAACGUGUGUGGUGCAUAUGGUAUUUGUGGUAAUACAACCAAUUGCUCAUGUUUGAAUAAAUUCGAGCCGACUGAUCCUGGAGGUUGGGAUAGAGGUGAUUUUUCCAGUGGAUGCAUUCGAAGAACCCCCUUCAACUGCCAAGAUGGCAAUGUUUUUCUCAAGUACUCCGGAAUCAAAUUACCAGACACGGAGCGUUCCUGGUAUAACGCGAGUAUGAGUCUUGAAGAAUGCAAGGUGGCAUGCUCCACAGAUUGCUCUUGUACAGCCUAUGCAAGUCCCAAUAUAAACAACGGCGAAAGGGAAUGUCUACUCUGGUUCGGUGACCUUGUCGAUGUGAGAGAGAUGUCUCCUGGACAAGAUAUCUACAUUAGGAUGGCUAAAUCUGGAUUAGACUCGGGAAGUAGGAAACGAGAAAUACUUAUUGUUACAUUGUCACUGGUGAUCGGGAUUCUGAUACUAGGCCUAAGCCUGUUGCUGUUUUACCAGAAACGAAAGCAGCAAGAAAAAGGCAGGCUGAGGCAUUCUUUUGAAAAUCAUGAGGAGCUAGAGCUACCAAUGUUUGAACUAUCCACAAUAAUUAAAGCUACUGAUGGAUUUUCAAUCCACAAUAAGCUUGGAGAGGGUGGAUUUGGACCUGUUUUUAAGGGACUGCUAGGGGGACAGGAAAUUGCCGUGAAACGACUGUCAACAACUUCACAGCAAGGAGUGGAUGAAUUCAAGAAUGAAGUAAUCUGUAUAGGAAAACUUCAGCAUCGAAAUCUAGUGAAGCUCCUUGGAUAUUGCAUUCAAGGAAUAGAAAUCAUGCUUGUUUAUGAAUACAUGAGAAACAAAAGUCUCGAUUUCAUACUUUUCGAUCAAGUGAAGGGAACGAUACUAGACUGGCCGAGGCGCUUCAACAUUAUUAAUGGUAUAGCUCGGGGUCUUAUGUACCUCCACCAAGACUCCCGUCUCAGAAUUAUCCACAGAGACCUCAAAGCCAGCAAUAUAUUACUAGAUUCAGACAUGAUUCCCAAAAUAUCAGACUUCGGUCUUGCAAGAACAUGUGGAGGCAACGAAACUGGAGCCAAAACAAGUCGAGUAGUAGGAACAUAUGGCUACAUGUCCCCGGAGUACGCUGUAGACGGCAUAUUCUCAGUGAAAUCAGAUGUCUUCAGCUUUGGUGUUCUGGUGCUUGAAAUCAUAAGUGGCAAGAGAAACAGAGGCUUUUCUAUGGUAGAUCACUCCCACAACCUUCUUGGGCAUGCAUGGAUGCUUUACAAAGAAGAAAGGUCACUGGAAUUAGUAGAUUCUUGUGUGGAAUAUUCAAGUUACUUAUCCCAAGUUGCAAGAUCAAUCCAUGUGGGCCUUUUGUGCGUGCAAGAACAGACAGAAGAGCGGCCAAACAUGUCUUCAGUGGUGCUGAUGCUCAACAAUGAUGGAAUGCUGCCUGAAGCCAAACAUCCUGGUUUCUUCACAGCAAGAGAUAUUAUACGAACUGAAACUUCGAAUAACUCGAAUACUGCAAGUUCCAAUAAUACAAUGACCAUUUCGCUGCUAGAGGCUCGUUAAAGAAAUACAAAAGUAAAUAUAACAGACUAGUUUAGUAUACUUACAGAUUGUGUAUACUUCCUUAUAAAUGAGUAAUUCUGCUGACAAUUUUUAGUGGACACCCUGUUGUAGAAGUUGUGAGUUGAAAGAGAAACAGAGGAUUUUCUUGCAAGAAAGGGUUAAUAUGUUCUUGCUCUGACGUUGUUCCAAGAAGUUAAUUAUGAAAAUAUAUUUGAGGUGAA